CCGAUUUCGUCCCACGUCAACCAGCUCCUGUCUCUCCUCCAAUUCAGCAUGUCAUCGAGAUCUUGACCUCUACCCCACCCCCAAUAGCCACCGCUGCUCUUCAAGAAUGCCAUGUUUGCUGUGAAUCCCGUCUAACAUUCCCAUUGAGACUUCACCACGGGAAGCACCCCAGCCAGCAACACUUGCCGUGCAGCAACAGCCCGAUCGCGAGUUUCGGGGCUCCCACUCAUAAGAACCCACCGGCCAGCGAAGCUCGAUUCCUCUCGACCACCAUCCCUUGACAUACAGUCCCCUUCCAGUCCACUGUGUUGUUUUUGUCCACGCCUACCGAAGCUCCGAGAGCGCACCACCACGACCCCGUCCCAUAGCUUCAGCUUACACAGCCGAGCCGCGUUCUCCAGGCCCGCUCUGAUUCGAGAGCCCAAGGCACGGGACGAAAGAACCUAGACAACUUCGAGUCCAAAUAAACAAACACGCCUGUUACACCGCGAACCAGCACCAUACCUCAGCAGUACACGAGCGAGGCUGAAUGACGCAACUACUGUCGACCGUUUUUGGAGAGCUGGGCCUUGCCCAGUACUUGGAUGCGUUCCUCGAGCAAGGGUUUGACACAUGGGAAACCAUUUUGGAUAUUACCGAGUCCGAUCUCGACACGUUAGGAGUGAAGUUGGGUCAUAGAAGGAAACUUCAAAGACGGAUUGCGAAUACAAGGGGCAUUGCGCCGGAUGCUUCUCUCGUCUCGCCCACCCAGCCAAGCAUUGAAGAACUGAGACUUCAAGACGCGCAGAGGCCGGAUGCCUCCAGGCAAGAUGCCCGGGACGCAGGUGUCCUUGUGGUCACCAAACGGAAAUACCGUCGUCAUCCCAAGCCUGACGAAAAUGCGCCAGAGCGGCCGCCCUCGGCUUACGUGCUCUUCUCAAACAAGAUGCGCGAGGAGCUGAAGGGUCGAAAUUUAUCAUUCACCGAGAUCGCCAAACUUGUUGGCGAGAACUGGCAAAGCCUCAAUGCUUCUGAAAAGGAGCCCUAUGAGUCCCAAGCGCAGGCGAUCAAGGAGAGGUACCUAAGCGAUCUUGCCGAGUACAAAAAAACUCCCGAGUACAAGAAGUACAUGCUGUACCUGCAAGAAUUCAAAGCCAAGCAUGGCUCUCCCCCUCAAGAUAAGGAUACAGGGAAAAGGAUGAAAAUGUCUGAUGGUGAAGGCUCCAACCGCACGAGCCCCCCAAGGACUGAUCAACAUCGCUCCAGCAGAAGCGGCAGCCAAGAGGACAGCCGCAGAAGCAGCGAACCCCCAGCAAGCCGGGGACAGAGGCUUGGAUCAAUCGUGUCGAUGAGCGAAUCUCAGUACUCGACUGCCACAACCCCUGGAGCUUCUCACGCCUCGCCAAGAGACGAGCCGAUACACUCGCCCACGAUCAGCAAAACCGAGCGCCACGAACGAUCCCCCGCGCUCAACUCGAUGGAGGCACCGAGUCAACGAACCCAAAAUUGGAGGGACGAGCCACCCAACAUGCAGAGGCACCUCCCAUCCUUGUCGGACGUUUUCGAAGGUCAGAGAUUUCCAGGUGGAAUGCACUCGGUCGAGAUGAAUGGGUAUCGGUUCCCGCGCGAGCCUCUACCAAGCCCAAACGGCCACCCAGGCCGCAUCGAGGGUGGCGAUAGCCGGCCACCAACCCUCAAGAGCGAGCAGUCGACGUCUGGGAGCACAUCCUCGGGCUCGCCUUUUGGCCAGCCAAGAACGCCAGUCGAUGGCCAGCUGCCAAUACACGCGCUGCUGACAUCGAAACCAGACCAUUUCGAUCUCAGCCAGCAGCAACACCAACAGUACCCCCUACAGCAACGACCGCCACAUAUCUUUCAGGGUGGCCCAUACCCCAGUGGUGCCGGUACUUUGCCAGCAAUUAAUGGUUAUGCCAGGCCCGUCCUUUCGCAACCGCCAGUAACCGCACAUUCCUCCAGCGUGGGUUACCCCUCGCUAGCAUCAGCUCAAGCACCAGCUCAUCCUCGACAGUCCAGACAUCCCCAUCCCCAAGCUGGGAACCCAGAUGCCGCCAGACUCGACGGUAUGAGCGCGUUACUGCAAGCCGGCGAGAUUGUCAACCGUCGAGCCCAAUAGAAAAGGGGUCACCUCUCGCUGUUGAGACGUUUCUUUUUUGGUUUAUAUUGGUUGCAUUAUACCCUUGGGUGGCAUGUGGCGGGCAACACGCACCUGCUAAUUUGGACCACUAUAUAUUACCAUGUAUUUGGGAUUUUAUUCGACUGGGUAUCUCAAGUACGGCAUUUUUGAGAUGGGACCCGUACACAGCGAUGACAAUUUUGUACAUACAUCUCAUUUUCUUUUCCAGAACAAAAAGGGCAAUGUUAAUGAAACUGGGAC